AUGUUUGUCGGCGUCGGAGCAGGUCGACUUGGGAGAGGUAUGCUUGUAGCGGUGAUCGCGGUAAUGUGCCAUCUGAUACUAACCCAAGCAGGGUUCUACCAAUCUGCCGCACGGCGGUUCUUCACGCGGCAGGCGGGGACCGCGUCUUACGGAGCGUAUGCCGGGUGGCAUGGGCAGGGCAGCGAUGGGCUCACGUACCAGACGGCAGUUGCGUUCAAUGCGAAAGAGCGGCAGGACAAGAAGGAAAGCUCGGUGACGGGCGAGGACAACUACUUUGUCGGGUCAGGGAGCAGCGGGCUAUACGUGGGGGUGGCGGACGGGGUCGGCGGGUGGGCGGCACACGGGUACGACUCGUCGGCGAUCUCGCGGGAGCUGUGUGCGUCGCUGCAGGAGUACGCGGAGCGGGCGCUGGGGUCGCCAGGGCCGAAGGAGCUGCUGCGGCAGGCGUACGGAAAGGUGCGCAAGGACGGGAUCGUGAAGGUGGGUGGCACGACGGCGGUGGUGGCGCAGCUGCGACCUGGGGGGCAGCUGCGCGUGGCGAACCUAGGGGACUCGUGGUGCGGUGUGUUCCGCGAAAGCAAGCUUGUGUUCGAGACGGCGGUGCAGACGCUGGCGUUCAACACACCCUACCAACUGUCGAUCAUCCCGGAACACAUGUUGGCAGAGGCAGCGCGGACCGGGCGCUCGUACAUUCUGAACACGCCAGAGGAUGCUGACGAGUAUGAAUUCAUGCUACAGAGGGGCGACAUAGUGAUGUUGGCUACGGACGGAGUUACCGACAACGUAGCGCCGGAGGACAUCGAGAUGUUCAUCCGAGACCAUGGCAAUAUGAAGGAUCUGCAGGCUGCUACGGAGGAACUCGUUUCCGAGGUUGCUCGCCUGAGUAAAGACCCAAACUUUCCUAGCAUUUUCGCGCAGGAGCUACAGAAGCUUACUGGUGAGCCCCAUAUAGGCGGCAAGGUGGAUGAUAUAACGGUAGUGAUGGUGAAGGUAGACUAG